AGGGAUGAAUCGAUUCAUGAUAAUGAAGUCUGCGUGAUUCCUAUAGUCGGCAUGGGAGGUGUCGGCAAAACUACCCUUGCCCAGCUUGCCUACCACGACGACAGAGUGAAGAAUCAUUUUGAUCUGAGGGCUUGGGUUUGUGUUUCUGAUGAUUUUGAUGUUUUGAGGAUAACAAAAACGCUUCUACAGUCAAUUGCUUCUUACGCCCGUGAGAUCAAUGAUCUAAACUUGCUUCAAGUCAAGCUGAAAGAGAAAUUGUCUGGAAAGAAGUUUCUGCUUGUUCUAGAUGAUGUCUGGAACGAGAACUAUGACAAAUGGGAUAGGUUGUGCACCCCUUUACGAGCAGGGGGACCCGGCAGUAAGGUUAUCAUCACUACUCGCAACAUGGGUGUCGCCUCACUUACCAGAACGGUUUCGCCUUACCCCCUGCAGGAGCUGUCAAAUGAUGAUUGUCGAGCUGUGUUCGCGCAGCAUGCAUUGGGAGCAAGGAACUUUGAAGCUCAUCCGCACGUGAAAAUAAUUGGAGAGGAAAUGGUGAACAGAUGCAGGGGCUUGCCUUUGGUCGCAAAGGCCCUGGGAGGCAUCUUGCGAAAUGAACUAAACCAUGAGGCAUGGGACGAUAUAUUGAAGAGUAAGAUAUGGGAUCUACCAGAAGAGAAAAGUGGUGUUCUUCCAGCUCUCAAAUUGAGCUAUCAUCACCUCCCAUCUCAUCUGAAGCAGUGCUUUGCUUACUGCGCUAUUUUUCCCAAGGGAUAUGAAUUCAAAAAGGAUGAAUUAAUCCUUUUAUGGAUGGGAGAAGGAUUUCUGCAAACAAAAGGGAAGAAGCGAAUGGAGGACUUAGGUUCCAAAUACUUCUCAGAGUUGUUAUCAAGGUCAUUCUUUCAACAAUCAAGUGACGUAAUGCCGCGAUUCAUGAUGCAUGAUCUCAUCCAUGAUCUGGCUCAAUCCAUUGCCGGAAAUGUAUCUUUCAAUUUGGAGGAUAAGUUGGAGAAUAAUGAGAAUAUUUUUCAAAAGGCUCGCCAUUUGUCAUUCAUUCGUCAGGCCAAUGAGAUCUUCAAAAAAUUUGAAGUUGUCGAUAAAGGGAAGGACAAGUCAAUUAGAAGAGAUGCCCCCACGAAUGGGCUGCCUGACAAAUUUGCAAACAUUGUCUAA